CUCCUCCCCGCGGGCCGGGCUGGGCCUAGGAAAGGGGGCGGUGCCGCUGCGCCCGCCUCCCCUAUAGCCUAGCGCCGAGCUUGGGUCGCCGGCCUUGCUGGAGUCGAGCGGCGAGAUGGACCUGCGGAUCCUGGAGCACCGGGUGCGGGUGCUGAGCAUCGCCCGCGGGGGCCUCUGGCUCUACAUGCACCCACUCCUCAAGAUGCUGCUCCUGCCGCAGCGCAGCAGGUGCAAAUUUUUCAGCUUAACGGAGACUCCUGAAGACUAUACUGUUAUAUUAGACGAAGAAGGCUUUAAAGAGCUACCCCCAUCCGACUUCUUGCAAGUGGUGGAUUCCACCUGGCUGGUGCUCAACGUCUUGUCCAACGGCAGCUCUUCCGCUAACCUCCAGCCCAUCGGCGUCACCAAAAUUGCCAAGUCAGUCAUUGCACCAUUGGCAGAGCACAAUGUCUCGGUACUGAUGCUCUCCACCUACCAGACUGAUUUCAUUUUGGUGCGGGAGAAAGAUUUGCCUGUUGUGAUUCACACACUGGAAGGCGAGUUUGAUAUUUACAAGGAGGUGAAUGGGGAGCCAGUCCCUGCAAACUGUGAUGAGGCAAGCAAUGGUUUCCUGAAGCCCAAACAAGCAGUGAACUCCACUGUCCACCCAGUCCAGAGCCCUCAAAACAGGUUCUGCAUUCUGAGUGUUGCUCCUGACUCCUUGCCAGCCAUCGCCACCAUUCUCAUUGAUGUCCUCUUCUACUCCCACAGUUCACCAAAGGAAACUGUUUCCAGCAGCCAGGAUCUCAACUCCAUUGCCUUCUUUGCCUUUUCAUUGAUAGAGGGCUAUAUUUCUAUUGUCAUGGAUGCUGAGACCAAGAAGAAAUUUCCCAGUGAUCUCCUGUUGACCAGCUCCUCAGGGGAGCUCUGGAGGAUGGUGAGAAUCGGCGGGCAGCCCUUGGGCUUUGAUGAAUGUGGGAUCGUGGCUCAGAUUGCAGAGCCUCUGGCUGAUGCUGACAUAUCUGCUUACUACAUCAGCACCUUCAACUUUGACCACGCCUUGGUCCCAGAGGAAGACAUCGACCACGUCACGGAAGUGCUCCAGAAGCGACAGGAGAGCCAGAGAUAGCUAUUUGGCACAGCCGUGACAUGCCUCCAGUGCCUACUAGAGAAAGGAAGCCAUCGGAAAAUGCCCCAGCCAUGCUUGACAAGGGUGUCCCUCAGUCAAGGAAAGAAGCACUCCUCAGUAUGAGCCAGACCACCGUCUUUUUCUUUUCUUGGAGAGCCGUCCGUUCCAUGUAGAUCAUGUUGGGGGGCUGUUCUUUGCUUCCCAGAAAGGGGGGGAGUCCAUACUUGCUCUUGGAUACUUUUCUAGAACCUGGCUUAUUGUGGCUAGUGUCAGUAUUACCCAGUCCAGCUCUAGCCUUUCAGCCCUUCUGCCCUUUAAUUCUGUUGCAUCUGGAGCUAAGGAGAAGGAUUUCUAUCCAUGGUGGGUUCUGGGGGAAGAGACUCCUUUUUUGCACAUUUCAAUACUGAGCUUUCCCAACUGAGAAUCAAGCCUGGAGCUUUUUUGGGUGGUGGGAGGUAUCUUUGGUUGUUGUUAAAGGGUUGGACAGUGACCCAUGAAUUCUGGGUGUGGUGGAGUGUUGUUUUUAAGGUGUUAUCUUAACAGUAGAUGAUAUUGAAGCCAUUUCAUAUGUCCUUGAAGUGAACCAGAUAUUGGCUUUCACUUCUGCUCCUGUCCCAAAGUCUGGGACCAGCAAGUUCCUGUAGAGCUUUCAGGUGCUCUGGAUAGGGCUCCCCUUAGGCUGGGGUUGUGCCAUCCACUAACAGUAUUAAGCUAACAUGUUAUUGGGCAAUACGCGUUUGUCAUUGCCAAAAUUUGAGUUGGGUUGGGGCUAGGGUUGAACGGAAGAAACCCUCUGCCUCCCCCCUUUUUAUGGGGCCUUAAAGCCACCACUAUGUGCCUUUUUGUGCUUGGACACUAUUUAAAGAUAUAAUGCAAGAAAUAAGCCUUAUUUUCCCCCAACCCACACCCUUUCCGUCUUCCUUUUGGGCAAGAGAAGGAGAGGAAUGCAGUGCUUUUCUGGGCCAUGGCAGGCACACUAAGACUUUGGAUAUCACUCCCAAAUACUCCCCUUGUCUCUGGUGGGGGUGGAAUCUUCCUAGGUCACAUCAGCACAACUAUCCAGAGAUCUUCAUAUAGAGAAUGAGGAGUCCUGGUUCUGACCGUGGGUGGGGGAAAUGCAUUUUUGAUGGAGAAGAAAUAACCCUCCUCUCCCUAGGAGCUGAAAACCAGCAACCCUGGAGAGAAUUGCUGCUCCCACCCACUUCCUUGCUAUGCUGCUUUUUGACUGUUGGGGAUUUUUGUGUAGCAAAGGUUUUCCCCCACCCCAUCCCGUAGUCAGAAGCAAUCCCGUUCAUUGCACAGUUCCUGCUACUGCCUUAUAAAGAUUCUGCCUGAGCUGGCAGCAGCAGGACUAUUGAUCAUGAGGAUGGGAGGAGCCGUUCUAGAUGGCAGCGGCUCACAGUCCUGGCUGGUCUCUGUAGCACAAAACCUUGGGUUGUUUCGAAGGCUGCUCUUGGGUCCACAAACCCAGCAAGGGCACUACAGUGAGCAUGCUCUGUUCCCCCUUUCCCCUUGGCCUAAAUGAGGCAAAGCGCUUUGCAUGUGCCCCAAAGUGUGAUCCAACAGGACAUGCUCUGAGGAUUCCCAGGAUGCUGGGAGGAAAAAAAACCCUUUAAAAGUGGCUUAGUGCACUUUAUCAGAGCAUGAUUAUUCUAUAGCUUGUUCCUAUCAGGGGCAGGAGGAAUGACUGACUGAUUUCCCAUUUGCCUUAUGUCGCUCUCAUGCUCCUCUUUUCAGCGGGGCUUCCGUCUGAUUUCACACUAUCUGCCCCGGGGCUGCAACUAGAAACUGGUUUUUAGAGGUUUCCGUUUGCCGCACAAAAAAGGCAAAGCCAGUUGCAACCCCGGGGCAGAUAGUGUGAAAUCAGACGGAAGCCCUGCUGAGAAGAGGAGCAUGAAAGCAGCGUAAGGUGAGUGGGAAAUUGGUCACAGUGUCUGAACUCAGGGUCCAGCUUGUUAAAAAGGAACAUGUCUGUAUUUGAGGGAUAGCUGCAAGCUUGGUUUCUUAGAAAGGGGUAGAAAAGCAGGAUGUUUGCUAGCCUUCACACACAAAUGCACCUGGAUUUCUGGAGCUGCCAAGGGCAGAGCUGGCCUUGCACCAGGUUUCACUUUCUAAUAUUGGAACAGGGAGCUUUUCUGGGGAAGUCAGAGCUCGUCUGAAGGCCGCCUGGAAGCCAACAAGUGAUUGGCACUCUUGGCCGUUGCCAGUUUAGCACGAGAGGCUGAGAAAUUGACAGGUUGUCAUGAAGAGGAGUGGAGACUCACCAGCCCUUCUGCUUUGCUUGCCUUUGCCGAGGGAGUCCAGUGCUGUGGAGGAAGCUCUCUGCUGCCAACCCCCUUUGGUUACCACCUUAGACUUCUUGCUGUCUCUAUUCUCAAGUGACUGUUCACCUAAACUAUUUCUCCUGAUGGUUCGUUGUCAACCAGAUUGCGUGCAGCCAAGAUGGAGAUUUCUUUUAAAUCCUGUAUUUUUUUCAUAGUUUGGAAUUUUGUCAAUAAAGGUCAUUUUUUU